GGACGGGAAAAUGAAACAGCAGAAGAACUUGACUGGGACCCUGGUGUUUGCUGUCUUUACAGCUGUGUUGGCCUCACUACAGUUUGGAUAUGGUAUCGGCGUCAUCAAUGCUCCUCAAAAGAUUAUUGAGAAUCACUAUACGCGGGUUUUACUGGAAGGCAGUGAAAAUCAGACAGAUACAACGCCUGUACAAUCGUCUGUCAAGAUGUAUUGGUCCCUCUCUGUAUCUGUGUUCUCCUUGGGUGGGAUGGUGUCAUCAUUCUUCGUUGGAUGGAUUGCAGAUAAACUCGGAAGGAUUAAAGCCAUGAUGGUCGUAAACAUUCUGGCAGUUAUUGGGGCCCUUCUGAUGGGGCUGGCUCCACUGGGUCAAGCGCACGCUCUUGUCAUUGCUGGUAGAUUAAUCACAGGUCUUUACUGCGGUCUGGCAUCAGGACUGGUUCCCAUGUAUGUUGGAGAGAUCUCCCCAACAGCACUUCGAGGAGCUUUAGGAACUUUGCAUCAGUUGGCUAUUGUCACAGGGAUCCUGAUUAGUCAGGUGGUCGGACUUGAAUUUAUUUUGGGCAGUGAGCAUCUUUGGCCUGUUCUGCUAGGCCUGUCGGGAGUCCCUGCGGUUGUGCAGACCAUCCUUCUUUUCUUUUGCCCUGAAAGCCCCAGAUUUCUGUUAAUCAAACUUGGGAAGACGGAAGCAGCUAAAAGAAACUUAAUAAAGCUCAGAGGAGAAUAUGAUCCAACAAAAGACAUUGAAGAGAUGAAAAAGGAAAAGGAAGAAGCUGAAAGUGAAAAGAAAGUUUCCAUCAUACAGUUAUUCAAAUCUUCUAAUUACCGACAGCCUCUUGUAGUUUCUCUCGUGCUUCAUAUCUCUCAGCAGUUUUCUGGAAUCAAUGGGAUCUUUUACUACUCUACAAGCAUUUUUACCAGGGCAGGUAUUAGCCAACCAGUAUAUGCAACUAUUGGCGUUGGUGCUGUCAACACAGUUUUCACAGUGGUUUCGGUGUUCCUUGUAGAGAAGGCGGGUAGAAGAUCCCUCUAUCUGGUUGGCUUAGGAGGCAUGUGUAUCUGCGCUAUAGUUAUGACUAUUGCAUUGGCACUUUUGACUCAGCAUGCUUGGAUGAGUUACCUGAGUUUGGUCGCCAUUUUCCUUUUUGUGGUUUUCUUUGAAGUUGGUCCAGGUCCUAUUCCUUGGUUCAUUGUUGCAGAAUUGUUCAGUCAAGGCCCACGACCUGCAGCUAUGGCGGUAUCUGGGUGCUGUAACUGGACGUGCAACUUUAUCAUUGGGAUGUGUUUCGAGUACAUAGCAGAUGCAUGUGGGCCAUAUAUAUUCAUCAUUUUUGCUGUACUCCUUUUAAUAUUCACCGUUUUCACAUACUUUAAAGUUCCUGAGACCAAGGGCAAGUCAUUUGAUGAGAUAGCUGCUGAGUUCCGAAAGAAGAAACUUUCAACCCGCAAAGGACUUAAAUCUACUGAAAUGGAGUAUCUGGGAACCAGUUCAGAAGCAUGAAUAUUUCCAGCAAGUGCAAAGAAGGAAAACAAAGUCAUUUUAUAAAUAUAUAUACAUAUACAUGAUAUACAGGGUAUUACCAGACAACUGCAAUGUUUUUUAUAGACAUUUAUUUUUAUAUUGCUAAACUAAAGAAGAAGGUGUGCUUGA